UGGAGAAGACAGCGGAGGAGGAGGCGGAUCUGCAGCAGAGGGCGGAGGAGCGGCUGAGGGAGAAGAAGAGGCGGAAGGAGGAGCAGGAGGCGAAUGUGCGGCGGAAAAAGAUGCUCAAGGCGUCGAAGGGCAAGGCGGCUGAGGGGGACGACAGCGGGGAGGAGGAGCAAGGGAGGGCAGUGGGGGCGAGGGAGGGAGAGGAGGAGGAGGAGGAGGAAGACGAUGCGGGGUGGUAUCGCAAGGAGGUUGGGGAGGAGCCCGAUGACACCUUUGUGGGGGGAGGGUAUGAGGGCAGUAGAGGAGCGAGGGAAGGCAGAGGUAGAGGGAGAGGGUUUGGGCGAGGCAGGGGGAGAGGAGGGGGGAGGGGCUGGGGUCGUGGGGACGGGAGCAGAGGGCGAGGAGCAGGGGGGAGAGGAGGAAGAGGAGAACGAGGGGGAGGAGGGGGAGGAGGGUGGUCGCCUUCGGGCCGUGGAGGGCGGAGGGGAGGACGAGGGGGGUUGAGGGGAAGGGGUAGGGGGAGGUACUAGGAUGGUGUGUUCUAGGAUGGUGCUGUAUGCCUACUUUUGAGGGUGUCUAACCAUGCAAACCGCACAAAAACCAUGUGGCGGAAAGAAAAACGAGUAACACGG